CAGCAAAGGCAUCCGAAUCCAAAGCGGAAGAAUUUGCACAGAGCGCCAUUCCUUUUCCACAAAAUCUCUCCAAUGGCGCGCCUUCUUCUUCUUCUCUUCCCCUUUUAUCUUCUCCUUCACAACCCUUCUUCGUCUCUCACCUCCUCCUUCCAUUUCGCUCUUCUCUCCCCUCUCUCGCUCCCACAGCUCGAGCCUUUUCAUCUGAAAUGGCCGGCCAAGGGAACGCUUGCCUUAGGAUCACACGGGGCGUUAAGAAGAGGUCCGCUUCGAUGGCGGCCAUGGCGUCGGAGGAUGAGCGUCCGGUGGGGAAGAAAAGGGUUGUGUUGGGUGAGCUCAAGCAUUUUGCGAACAUUGUUGUUUCUAUGAAGCCUGCUCUGGGGAAGGAGACCCAGAAGCCGAAGGGUAAGGUUAAGGGCAAGACAGCGAAGGCAAAGAAGGUACUGAUUCCGGCGACGGAGGAGGAUGAAUCGGCGGCUACUGACAAUCCCCAAAUGUGCGCGGCUUAUGCUAAGGACAUCUUCGAGUAUUUGUAUAAAAUGGAGGCCGAACCUAAGAGAAGGCCUUCUCAAAGUUAUCUGGAGAAGGUUCAGACAGAAGUGAAUGCCAACAUGAGAGGAGUUUUGGUGGACUGGUUGGUGGAAGUUGCAGAGGAAUACCGGCUCCCAGCCGACACUCUCUAUCUCACCGUUAACUACAUCGAUAGAUGCCUGUCUCACAAACCGCUUGAACGGAAGAAGCUUCAACUCCUCGGUGUCACCUCCAUGCUUAUCGCCUCAAAGUACGAAGAGAUCAAGCCUCCAAACGUGGACGAUUUUUGCUAUAUAACCGACAAUACGUACACGGCCGAAGACGUCGUGAAGAUGGAGGCCGACAUACUUUCAUGGCUGAAAUUUGAAUUGGGUAGCCCGACAGCUAUCACAUUUUUGAGGCGGUUCGUCAAGGUCUCACUGGAGGGUUCUCACAAUAAUUCCAACUCUCGGCUCGAGUUCUUGGCUCAUUAUCUCGCGGAGUUGAGUUUGUUAGAUUACGAGUGUCUAAAAUUCCCGCCUUCUCUCGUUGCCGCAUCUGCCAUGUUUCUGGCAAGAUUCAUAAUCCGGCCAAAGACGCAUCCUUGGGUGAGCCAUCGACCUCAGUUCCCGGCCCGAAAAACACAGGAGCUUCAACAGAGCACGAAAUAUCGACCGGCCGAGGUAAAACAAUGUGCCCUCAUCUUACACGACCUAUAUCUCAGAAGACGAGGGCGCGGUCUGCAGGCUGUAAGAGAGAAAUACAGUCAAUAUAAGUUCGAGUCUGUAGCCAACACUCCCUCGCCGCCAUUGAUGCCAGAAUCAUUCUUCGACGAUAUCAUAUGGUGAAAAGCCUGGGAUUUGUCAUCUGGGUGUCUGCAUUUGUAAAGCCGUUGCACAAAUAGUAUCAAGGGCGAGCCUGGAAUCCAAUCAAAGUUCACUUUUUUUUUUAAUAAUUUCUGAGAUGAAUGAAUAAAGUUUUGAUUUUGUUC